AUGACACCGACGGCGAGGCAUCUGAGGAAGACCGCAAAGCCGCACACCCCCUAUCCACGGGCAGAAAAGCAUGGCCAAGCCCACAGCAAGAGCUACACGACAAAUAGCUCGAGAUGUUCGGUCUGGGAUGUUCAGAGUCCAGCUGAGAUUAAGAAUCUGUUCCUUGGGCCUGACACACACCCCCUUAUAGCAGCGAUCGCUAAAAAACGAGGGAUCACUCCCGACACUUUGCAACAGCGCUACAAUAAGUAUGCCGCGUUGUCCAGGCAGAUGCCCAACCGGGAUCCGAAAAGCAAGGUGCCUCAGAUAGUACGGGAGGCUCUGCAUCAGCUGAGUGGUGUUGCCGCUGCGGUCCAAGGGGGUCUCAAAGCAACCAGUCUCGACGAUCAGACCAACAUUAAGGAGCAUGUAAGCCGACCACGAGAUGUUGUACCGCCCCAGUUCCGGAGAGAAUGCAUCGAAGACGGGCAAGACGUGGACACACUCCUGCAGCGUCGACGACCUAACGAUCCACACACCGUCAACACAGUAUCGACGAACAUCACCGCCGCCAGUAUGGAGCAGAACUCACCACUGCUGCCAGACUUGCCCGCCAAGAUGGAGUCACACAACGUCACCUCAGUCACGACGAACAACGCCGCCGCCGACGAAGACCAGACCUCACCACUGCUGCGAAGGUUACCAGCCGAGUUACGCAACCGCGUCUACCGCAUGUACUUUGCCGACCGCGAAAGGAAGAUAACCCCUUGCAGGGUCAGCGUCCUGGAAUCCGGUCCGGACCAGUGGAAGCCACCACCACUCCUUCACACCUGCAAACGGAUUGUGGCCGAAGCUAGCUCCAUCUACUACGGUGAGCGGGUGUUCAUGAUCUCGCCAGGCAAAAUGUACCUGGAGAGAUUGCUCCUAGCGCUGGGACCACUCAACCGCGCGCUCCUAUGUCGCUUUCUUGUAACCGGCCUCGUCACGAACGACGCUGAGACGCUCAAGGCAUACCCCAGCCGCUUGGAGGGCCACGGUAUCACCGAUGCGAGGAGCUCUCUAUUUACGGUCACGAAUCACAACGGUCUGCUACGAUAUGUGCGUACCAAAGCAAAGGAGGGAGAAGAACUCGAGUACGCCAGCCCGGACUUCAUGUUCUAUGAGUGGACCCAAGACGCGGAAACAUGA